UUAAUAAAGUUUGAGAAAAUAAACUGAAAUUUUACUAAUACUUCUCUUCGAAUUGGAAGUUUCUGCAAAGAACUUGUAUUACUUUCCCUUUAUUUUUUUUUUAAGAAAAACAUUUUCACGUCUAAGGAGGCUGACUUCCUUCACUGGUCAUACGUUGAUGUUAGGACUAUAUUUAGACGAAAUCGGACGGAGUGUGCUUCAUCGUCUCUUAUUCUUUGUGUAGUUGCUUGUGCCUCGUCUUGUUGUCGUAGUUCGAAUUUCUACGUUUUUAACGCUUCCCUCGUUAUAUCUGCAGGAAUGGAAACAUGUUUUGAACCUUGAUUUGUCAUUGUGAUAAUGGUGAGAGUUAUAUAUUAAGGUAAAUCGGAGAGAAAGAAAGAGUAUUGCGUUUAUAAAGGUCAAAAUUGAUUUAUGGCCAAUUGGAAAAAUUCCAAAAAUUAGGGAAAAUUUGUUAUACUUAUGCUAGAAAGGCUAAAAUUUUAAUUUAAAUUAUUAUUUUGUUUUAUAAUCAUAUAUUUUAAAUAUAUAUAUUACUUAUAGAGAUUGUGCUAUGUUUCAAUUAAGAAUUUGUUCUGUUGCCAUUCUACAAAUUAAUUAAGAGAUAUGGCCGAAGACAACUUUUCUGUUGUAGUUGAUUCGGAUUUUGUGCACAACAUUACGUCUCCUGUGGUUUUUGCAGAGGAAUAUCAUCCUUCCCCACUGAUGGAACUAAUAGAUGACGAUGAGGAUGAAUGUAAUGAUAAUGAAGAAUGUGUGGAUAUUGAUGAUGAUGAUGAUGACAACGACGAUGAAUUAUCACCAGAAAAUGAAAUUGCAGUCACUUCUGAUGAAUUUGAAUGGAUUCAGUCAAAGUUUGAUUCAAAAACUGAAAAGCAAAUAAAUUCUGAUUUAUCCAUUAGAAAUUUUGGAAAUGAAAAAAGUCCAUCCAUUUUAAGUAAUAAAAAUGAAGUUGCUAUCUCUGCUACUAAAAUAGAUAGCUAUAAACAAGUUCGUAAUGACUCUUCAACAGAACAAGCUGAAAAAGACAAGCAGUCAAAUCCUAAUAAUAAUUUUAAAAAUUACAAAUCUGAUAUAAAACACGAAGGAGUAUUCGUUCCUUCAAGCUCAGAAGAUAAAUAUAAUUCCCAAUUUUUGAAUCAGAAUAAACCAAUGGCAUGCUAUCAUAAUUGUCAUCAUAACUGUAUUCCAAAUUGCUGUACCGUUUCUUCUAGAAAUGUUUUUUGUCAACAUGAAAUGGAUAUUUCACCUUUUGAUAAAAAUUUUUAUCAUGAUUUUUCACAUUCUAGAAUUAGUCACCAUUUCUGCAAUUGGUAUCUCACUCACGUACCAAGCAGAUUUCACUGUUGGCAUAAUCAAACCAAUAUUAUUCGUUCACAAUCUAUAAGCGAUAGAGGGGCUUGCUCAUCUUCGCUAUCUCCUUACGAAACUUUCCCACGAACGUUGAGAAGUAGCUGCAAUCACGAUCUUGACGUAGAGUCUAAUGAAUGCUUUUUUACUGAUUUUCAACAUCCGCUGGAUGCUGAUAUGAAGAAAAAUAAUAAGGUUGGAGGGUUUGGACAAGAUUUUGAAGAUACACAAGAAAAACUCCAUCAUUUAGAAACUGAAAAAGAAAAUUUACAUCUUCAGAUAAAUAUGUUACAGGAGCUCAUGUCUCGAUCAUACAUUGAAAAUAGCAAGCUCGAUCUAAUGAGUGAAGUAUCUACUUUUCGUUUAAGACUUGCCACUGCUGAACAAGAAAGGCGAGAUAUUGAAGAAAAGUAUAAAAAAUUGGAGAGUGAACUUGUUAUUGUCCAAGCCCGGUUGGCUGAAAAAGAAGCAGAAUUAGCUACUUUAAAAAGUAGGGCUGUUCGAAAUGGAACUGUAACUCCCAUAACAGACUAUGGAUCUGAAAUAGAAAAACUGAAAAGANAAAUACAUGAGCCAAUCACAGUAAACAUUUUAAGUGAACAAAUUGAUGCACAAAAUGAUAAAAUCCAAGAUUUAGAAAAGAUAGUGGAAGAAAAAAAGGAGCAUGUUGACAAUAUGGAAGAGAUGCUUCGUCAAGAAAAAAAAAUAGAAGAGUUAAGAUCAACUUUAAACAUGUACAAAAGAAUGCAAGAUAGGAAAGAACUUUAUCAGAGCCAAGGAAAGAAAGAAUUUACUCCAUACAGAAGUGGACAGUUACGAGAAAGAAUACCUUCAGAUGAUUCACUUAUAUCUAAUCCUUGUAUUGAUAGCAAUAAGAAAAAUCAAUCAGAACAAAGACUGGCCGAAAAACCACCUCCAGUGCCGCGACCUCUUCCAACUCCCAUUGCUUCUUCGUCACCUAAUUCCGAUAUUGCAUCAAUUAACUCUUGGAAGGAGGGAAAUUUAUCUCAAUAUUCGACAUCAUCUAGUCCUAUUUAUAAUAUAAAUAACUUUUCUCCUUCGUUUAAUUCGUCGCCCAUCCAAAGAGCGAGCAGUGCAGAAAAUGUUAGUCCACCACAGCAAAAGACUCCUCCCGCAAAAAGGAACUAUGUUACUAUACCUAGACAGCAUGGAACACAGUUAAUGCAGCAGAUCCAAAAUCAAAUAGAAAAUGCAUCUUGUAAUAAUGGAACAUCAUUAUUAGAACAUCAAGCAUUGCAAGGUCAGCCCCAAUCGCAGUCAGUACAAAAUCUUCAUCAGGGGCUUGAGAAUUAUCGUCAUUUCCGAAACAAGGGAUCAGGUGCUUCCUUUGGUAAAGGAUUUUUUAAAUUAAGAAAGGGAAAGCACAGUUCCAGUGCACCUGAGCUAGCUCAACCAGAAACAUCACAAGAAUCAUUAAGAUCCAGUUCAUUAUUACAAGGAUCACCAUUAUUUGCUUUGAAACAGGAUAAAGAAAAAAAUAAAGGCAUUAAAAAAAUUUUAGGAAAAUUAAAACGCACAGGAUCACAAAGUUUAGAUAUUCAAGAAGGGGAACUGAAAAGAGGUGGAAUAAGAGCUACUGCAGGGCCUCGUCUUGGAUGGUCUACCGAUUCAAGAAAGUCUGGAAAUAUAACAAAUGAUACACCAUUUUCACAAUGGGAUGCUCAAAUGUUAUCUGAGUGGUUACACAGAUUAGGUUUAAACAUGUAUGUCACUGAGUGUAAAAGGUGGAUUAAAAGUGGAGAUCAGUUACUUAAAGCUACCUCAAAUGAAUUAGAAAAAGAAUUAGGAAUAAAAAACAUACUACAUAGGAAGAAAUUACAAUUAGCUAUUCAGUCAAUGAAUGGAGAUAAAAAUGUCAUGUUAGAAGCAGCUGGAAAGUUGGAUAAUUCGUGGGUAGUAAGAUGGCUGGAUGAUAUUGGUCUACCUCAGUAUAAAGAAAGUUUUUGUGAAAGUCGUGUCGACGGUCGUAUGCUACACUUUUUGACUGUGGAGGAUCUUUUUAACUUAAAAGUAACAAAUCAAUUACACCAUAUCAGUAUAAGAAGAAGUAUUCAAGUUUUAAGAGCACAUAAUUUUGAUCCUUAUGCAUUAAAAAGAAGAUCUCUACCUGAAGAGACGAAACAAUAUAGUCCCGAAGAAGUAGUCUUAUGGACCAAUCACAGGGUAAUGGAGUGGUUAAGAACAGUCGACUUAUCUGAAUAUGCUCCAAAUUUGAGAGGAAGUGGAGUUCAUGGUGCAUUAUUGGUAUAUGAACCACGCUUUACUGAUGACCUUCUAGCAACUUUGCUCAACAUUCCAACAUCUAAAACUUUAUUACGUAGACAUUUAAGUACACAAUUUAAACAAUUAAUUGGUUUAGAAUUAAUGCAUCAAAAAAGAGAUUAUGAAUCCAACCCAAAUUACACACCACUUAUUCCAAGUACAAAAGUAAAGGCAAUUCGUAGAGGCCAGUUUUCCCUAAUGAGAAAAAAAGGGAAAAAUGAAAUUGCAUUCGAAGACUAUGUAUGUCCAUUGGAUUUAUCUGGAAACAACAUGCAAAAUUCUGAAGGCGAAUCUGAAAAACAAGCAGGCCAAUCAUACACUAGUGAAUUUUUAGGAGAAAAUAAACAGAAUAAAGAAGAAAGUAUAUCUAGUGAUAGUUCAUUUACAACCUUAUUAAAUAACGAGAAGCUAUUUGAAACUAUGGCAACUACAAAUGUUUGAUAAAUUAAAACAAUUUCUGUAUAAAGUUCAAAAAAGAAAGUCAAGAACAUUGUUCAAGUAUGUGGAUACAUACUAAUAAAUAUUAUACAUAAUUUUACCAAACAUAUUGUUAAAGAAGAUUUUUAUAAAGUUUACCUAAAGUAUUUUUCAAUCACUUUUGUAUACCAAUUAAUAAUAAUUCAUGUUUGUCCUUAAAAUAAUGUCAUAUAGUUAAUUCAAGAGUAUUUUAAAAUAUCACAUUUAAAGAUAGUUUUCAAACUAUAUAAUGGAGAAAAAAAUUUUUUUGUAUGUAUUUAGAUAUUUAUCUAGCCUAGUUUUUAUAGUAAUGCACUAUGUAAAAUUAUCUUGAUUAAAAACAGGGGCAUUUUCAAAUUAAACGAGUGUAUAAAAUUUGCAUGUAAGCUUUCCUAUUUUUGUUUUUUUUUAUAUGUAUAUCAAAAGCAAUAAUUAUUUAACUUUCAAAUAAUAUGUUUAUCUAUGAAAUAUUUCAUAAAGAAAUAAUAUAAACUAAUGACUGUUAUGAAAUUACAAAGCAGUAAUGUUAGGUUUUCAAAUAUGCCAUUUUAACUGUGAGGUUGCAUUCAAUAGUGGGGCGUAUGCAAUCUCAAGUUAGUCAUUUGACUGUUUUUUUAAUAGCAAAUUUUUUUUGUUACUUUAAACAAACUGUAUUUUUUUAAAAUUUACCAGACAUUUUUAUUAUUUGUUGCUAAAUUUUUACAUUUCUUACAAAUAUAACUGUUUUAAUGUUGUAUUUUUAUUAUUUUUGCUGUCAUUCUUCCUUUUUUUCACUUCAAAGAUACAUUUUCUGAUAAAAUGUUCUUGAUUUUGAUGUUCUGUGGAAUUUCUGUUAUUGUUUGUAUUUUCCAAAGAGAGGACUUUAUGCCAUUUACAGAAUAUACAAUUUUCUUUCACUUGGCCUUUUGUAAUUUUCUAUUAAAAGAUAGUCUUGAAAUUAAUGGAUAGAGAAAUCCAUUAGGUUUCAGUGUAUGAAUUUAUACAGUUGGUUUCAGCAAUGCUUAUCAUUAUGCUAUGAGUAUAUAAUCAUGAGAUAAUGAUGUUGGUCAACGGUGAUUAGAACUAGUUAAUUUAGUAAUAUAAUAUUACCCAUACAAAACUACUAAUAACUGGAAAAAUUGAAACAAUGAAAAUAUCAUAAAUUGCUAUAUUAUGGUCAAAAUUAUUAAAUCAUAAUUUUUAAACAAACAAAAUUCAUAGUAUCAGAUAUGUUACUUAUAAAGAGGCAUCUAUGUAAAUUAUUUCCAUUUUGAGAAGUCUAAGAGAAGAUGGGCAGCAGAAAAAUAAUUGAGACCUCAUAAACCUGUAGGUAACUUCAGAGAUUAAUAAAAAAAAAAA